AUGAUGAUGAUUACUUCGAAUUGGGUUUUGAUUUUGGCAAUUGUUAGGUUGGCAGCAACACUUCCCGAAGUUAUAAGAAUAGGUGGUUUGUUUCAUCCGACGGAUGUCAAUCAGGAAAUAGCUUUUCGUUAUGCCGUUGAAAAAAUAAAUUCGGAUCGCACGAUACUUCCGAGAUCAAGAUUAUCCGCUCAAAUUGAAAAAAUAUCACCUCAGGAUAGUUUUCACGCAUCUAAAAGAGUAUGUCAUUUGUUGAGGAGCGGAGUCGCCGCCAUAUUCGGCCCUCAGUCUCCCCAAACUGCGAGUCACGUACAAAGCAUUUGUGACACGAUGGAAAUACCGCAUUUGGAAACGAGAUGGGAUUUCCGGUUGAGAAGAGAAAGCUGUUUGGUUAAUCUCUAUCCUCAUCCGGCUUCAUUAUCCAAAGCUUACGUGGAUUUGGUCAAAGCGUGGGGAUGGAAAAGUUUUACAAUUAUCUACGAAAGCAAUGAGGGGUUGGUACGACUCCAAGAACUUUUAAAAGCUCACGGACCAACUGAAUUUCCAAUAUCAGUUCGUCAGUUAAGCGAAGGAGACGAUUACAGGUAA